AUGGACAUGGAAAAGGGCACCGUCGUUGACCGCGAGGGAGAGAGGCCAGAGGGGGUGAAUCGACAAGUGAAGGAUGCCGAGUCGGCCAACGCUGAAGCCGUCGCCGCCGGCGCGAGGCAGGUCGCCGGACUCAACGGAAAUGCGCUUCCUCUGGACCCCAACCAGCUCCUCUCUGUCUUGGAUCUGCUCAGCGGACAGCCACAGCCUCAAGCAACACCCGUGCCAGCACCGAUUGUGUCUACCGGGAGUGUGCCGCCGAAUAACAACGCCAAUGUGCCGACCGUCACCAUCUUCGUGACGGUGACGCCCCCGCCCGUGACGCAGACGGUCAUGAUCAUGAUCCCGACGACAGUCACGGUCACGGCGACCCCGAGAGCACCGCCGGGAAACGCCCCUGUUCCUGCUCCUCCUCCUCCCCCUUCUGUUACGCCUCCGGUGUCGUCGUCGCCGCCAAAGACAUCACAGCCAUCUCCGCCUCCACCACCUCCCAAGACUACGCCUCCUCCGCCGCCACCCCCGCCUCCAGUGAUGCCGCCGCCGCCUCCUCCCGUGAGCGGCAUAACGACGCCCCUCAUGGGAUCGGGCCCGAUACCAGUGCCUCCCCCGGUGUCGGCCACUUCCAUGUCUUCAGCAUCGGCAUCGGCAUCAAGCGCACCCAAAGGCGCGGCCGGCACGCCUACUGCCGUCGUGUUGUUGGGUGUUUUCGGUGGUGUCGCUGGCGUGUCGUUACUGGCAAUGGGGGCGUUUAUCUACGGCCUGAUGAGAAAGAGGAGAAACAAAGCGUCGACAGAAAGGGACAGCGUUCAGAGCAUGCAGAUCGGGAGGCCAAUGCCGAACUAG